CACAACCUGCAACAAACUCCACACAUGAAAUGGUUAUGUUCAGACUUAGAAAAGGUUAACGUUAGGGUUAGGACUGCUGUUUGAAUGAUUAAAAGAGGUGUACGUGGCCUGUAAGAAGGUACAACUUGCCUGAAAUACUAAACUCAGGACCACAAAAGAGUUUGUCUUGAAGGACUCUGCCAGCAGUAAUCAACGCCACACUCCACACGACUGAUGAUUAGCCUCCUAAAUACCAGAAACCACGUUUUCCUUGUGAUAAAUUAAUUCCUGUGACUCCUCCAGCAUCAAGGUACCGAUAUUAUGCAGCUGAAUGACAUCUUGAUGUGGGCUGUGAUGUCUUUGUAAGUUGGCGUUGGGAGUAACGCGUAAGUGAUGGUAACGAUAGACAACUUUUUAAACGGACUCUGACUCCACCGUUACUCUGUUACAGUUCACAACAGUAAUAAGUUGCCAUAUUUAGCAGUGUAACGAAUGUGGAGGCUCGGGGAGUGCUUGAGGAAACCUCAGCAACCUGCACCGUGUCUGUUUGUUGUGCGCGCGCCAUGGUGACACGGGGCGGGUCUUCUCUACGUUUUACGGGUUUCAAGGGAACCGACCUGUUGACGUCCUCCAGUGAAGCUCCACAGUCUGCUGAACAUCUCGCCUGUUGAACCGACGAAAUGCAUGAAUCGUAUCUGUAACAUGAGGAACUGCAUCCAAAGAGAUCUCCUCUUCCUCAAGACUGAAGACUGACCAACCAGUCGUCCUUAGCUCCGCCUCUGAACUUUUUCCCCGCUUACUGACAUGAACCUGCAAUCGGUGACAUGCUGUAGCCAUGACUUUAAAAGUGGAGCUCACUGCAGAGCCCGAUCAACGAGAAAGGAUUCAAGGCAUUCCUGUGCUUGGCUGACACAGUAACUGAGGUCAGAGCUGAGGGCCGAAGUGGCCCGAUAGGUGAAUGGAGAUGAGAAAGAACACCACAGCAGGGGUUCUCUUCUGGACCCCCGCCCCGGUUCGCACCUCACCCACCAGCUCUGUGAUAUCUGAGGAUGAGGACUUUGUACGCCAGAUGGAUGAGAAUGGCAUCAUUGGAUUGUCUGAAGUGCUGGAGGAUUUGGAGUUGUGGGCAUCUUGUUGUGAUUCAGAUGCAGAAAGUAAUCCAAACUUGUACCCUGGACCCCUCCCCCUACAGGAGGCAGACCCUCGUGGGCAUGAGAGGGAUACACCUGAGGAGCUGAGUUACAACCUGAGUCAGCAUUGGUCCCAUAACGAAUCCCAAGGAGAGGAUGUACAAAUACGAUCGCCAUUUGAGGACUUGAUGGAUAGAGCAGAAGAGCAGGGGAUGGAGUGCGUCCCUCAGUGGGACAAAUACUUGGACAUGACAGAGGAGGAGAAAGAUGGAGAGGAAGCGGGGACUAGCAGUGACAGGAAGAGGAAGAAAAAUCGACACCCUAGCACAUCAAGAGAGCUUGGAACCACGAAGGGCUUGGCUGAGCGCUCUAUUUCCAAAAGAGAGAUGGAGGAGAUCAGCCCUACACUAUAUCACCGGUUAGCCAUGGGACCUGCUACAGUCUCCAAUCAUCACUGCCCAAUAUCCCGGCCUGCCUCACCUGUCACCGCCCCCGCUUUUCCCCACCUUUGCCACUUCACUGCUGAGGAACUAGCUGCUGCUCCGGGGAUUGACGCCGAAACCCUCCCAGAGAUGAGCUGCACAGACAGUCCUCCAGAAUCACACCGGAGCCACAGGAGCCACGUAAGCCUGACGUCCAGUCCUCGUUGUGCUGAGGUGAAGCUCGGGGAUCCUCUUCAGCCAGGAGCAGCCAUGUUUUCUAAAGAAGGUGUGUCAAAUCAUUCCAGCGGAGUAAAUAAUGGACCUCUAAAGGCGUCGGAUAAGUCAGGUAAGCCUCAGAAACAGCCCACUCCCUCACCAAGGAAGGUGAGGCAGCCCUCUCCUCAAUCUACAUAUUCAAGUAAUCGUUCCCUCAGCAAAGCCAAAGCCGACUCUUUGAAACUCCAACAUCGGACGGCAAGUCCUGACAAAGGGCAGCAGACACCAAGAGCCAGGACUAAUGCUGCUGAAAUGGAUGAAUCCAGAAAAGGGCCUCCGAGUUACCGCACACCAGACUUCUCCAAGGUGGAACCCAAGGUCCAUUUCCCCAAAGAUGGUUACAACCCCCCCAAGAGCAGACCCUCUUCCAAGAGGAAGUCCUCAUCACCUGAGCCCCCCUUCGUGUUUAAAUCCCCCGCUGACAUUGCGAAAGAAGUCCUACUGAACACCACCGCUGGAGCUCCUGCCUCAUCAGACUCUUACAAACCACCAACCAGCGCCCCCAACUCCCCUGUGCCUCAGGAGUUCAGAUCCCGCCAGCAGGCCACCACACUGCUCGACCAACUGGAGGAGGACUACAACAGACUGCUGACUAAGUACGCCGAGGCGGAGAACACCAUUGAUCGCCUGCGCCUCGCAGCCAAGGUGAACCUGUACUCGGACCCUCCAAAGCCCGGCCACUUGGUGCUGUCUGGACCAAACCGGGACUCUUCAAAGUUCAUGAUGCUGGAUUUUCCUCCGGCUCAGCGAGCAGAGUUUAACUCUGCAUCUCCUCACCAAAACGGACACAGCAAUCACCAGAGAAGUUCAUCUUCCUGUCCUUCCACAAGAAGCCCGGACCCUCAGGUGGGACAGCAGCUGGCCAGGAUUCUCUGCAAUCAGGCCGACAAGUUCCUCCAGCAGCUGCAGACUUUUGAGGAUCUCCUAAAACAACUCGGGGCUUUUGACCAGAUGAAGGGUCUCUCGCAGCUUGCCGAGGGCCUCGACUCUUUAGAAAGGGGCUACCUGUUAGCGAGGGAUGAACACAACGUCCUGCAGCAGCAUGGGGCACAAAUCAGCCACUUCGACCCUGAACGGGAGCUGGAGGGGCUGAUCUUUCAGUGUGGGCUGCGUAUGGACGAGCUGAAGGAGCAGGUGGAACAGAUGCAACAAGAGCAGCCCACCUGUGUGUCUCCUCCCUCUCCACCUCCUCACCCCUCCCCUUCAUCUGUCCCCUCUGAGGGAGGAGAAACGCUGACUCACCCACAGAGUCCACCUGUGCCUUUGCUGGUUGAUCCAGGAGAGGCAGCGGCGGUGGAGGUGAGCUCAGCCAGUGAAGAGAGUGAUGGAGACGAGGACACUCUUAAUUCUCUCUACCUCAAACCUCUGAAUGGCAAACAAAGACACGUUGAACAAGACUUUGCCACGCUAAUAGAUCACUUCAAGGAGCUUCCCAAACUUUUAGACAAUAGCCAGAGGGAAGGAGCUUCCUCUUCUGCUGUCUUAAGAAGUGACACGCAGCCUUCGGACGAGGAGAAAGAAAGACAGAGUCACAGAACUGGAGACCUGGAAGUCCAGAAAAGUCUUCCACAGAGGAAAGACAAAUCGGACCAUCUGGACUCGGCUCCUGUUCGCACCGUCAAACAGCAAGCUAGUAGGUCCAGUUCUUCUUCACGCAGGGCCUCCAGCCAGUCCACCACACUCCAUCCUCUCAGUAGCAGAAGGAGGUUAGAGGUGGGGAAGUCCCACAGCAGCAGUCUGAGCAGUCUGGGAGAGAUUACAGCCUUGGAAAAGAGGAACUCCAAACUCCAAACUGGGAGCAGCAGAGUGCUUUCUCAGGAUGGGAUCAUCUCUCCGGAGACGGACAGCGGGUUUGUCUGUUCAGAGAGCAGCUGGCUGACUCCUGCAGCAGCUUCCAGUCCUCUCCACCAGAGGGCCUCAGAGAGUGUUUCAGGGCCUCAGGAGGUGGACCCGGGUAAUCCUCACAUUGGCCCAGUCUCAGCUCCUGCUUCGUCAUCGUCACGCAGUCACGCGGCUAUGGAGCCCACAAGUGACUCUCAGCUUGACCGUGACCAGCAGAGGAGAACCAGACAAGGGCAGAGGAGACGCACUUUCUCCUGCUCUCCACAGCGCUGCGUCCGUCACACAGAACAAACCAGGGCUGACAGUGGGACCAGUGAGUUUGGGUUGGAAAGUGACAGAUCUCACACUGUGUCUGAAGAUGGACAGAAGGACGAGUACACAGAAUCUAUCAAUUCCCUCCACAACUCCAGCCCGAGCUCUUCCCCCGCUGGAAGGCAUCACCAUGACGAUUCGCUCAGAGCACUGAGCUCCAGUCAGGCGGCGAAUCGCAAUGAUGCGAUCCAGAGGCUGCAGGCCGAGGUGACCAGACUGAGGGAGAGACUCGAAAGCUGUGUGAGAAAUACGACGCCUCUGAGCUCUUUGAGAGCAGCUGCUUCAGCUCAGGAGAGCUACACUCACCACAACAGCUCUCCACCUCGCUUCAGGUCUGGGGAGCAAUGGGGUGACGUCAGCAGUGGAAGAAGAGACAGACGGCCGGUUGAUGCGGUUGAGGAGCCUACACUGAGACGAACAACAAGGAAGAGGCCACCUUCUGCACACAGACAAAAACCACAACUGGACAUCUUGACAGGUUCAGAGCCCUCUUCACCCAAUCCUCAGCCUCUGGUGUCCAGGUGUACUCAAACAUCCACCACAGCACCAGACAGCUACUGUUCACACACAAAUACUGUCCGCAGCAGAACACACCCCAGGCAGCAUCUUGAUGUGUCUGAACCAGCAGCUGAACCUGACAGCAGAGGGCGUCGGGCUCGUCUUUGUCCUCAGUGUUUGUCACGUCACCAAGGGCGAUCUGAAAUUGGUGGCGAUAGAGAGCCGGUCCACUCCUAUUGCUUUUGUUGCUGUCCUCUCUGUGGACGCCCUGAAUCCUCCAGAAGCACUGAGCCAGACUGUCGCAGAGUUUCAGACUCACCCACACACAUAAGCUGCCACUCGUGUCCCCUGGAUAGAGCUGUGAGGAGCAGACACUUUGCAGCUGCAGCUCCUCCUGCACGGUUGCAGUGCAUGCCAGUGUUCCCGCCACCACUUCUGUUUUACUCAUCACCCCGCUACGUGUCUCCUAGCCACAGCACGCCUUCAGGGGUCAGAGGUCGCGGGGAGAGGACAAGACGCUUCCAGUCCUCUGACCAGCAGCACUCCGUGGACACCUCUCUGAACAGAGCCAUCAGAGCAGCUCGGCACAUGAAACAUACCUCUGGACACAUGGCUCGCUCUCUGGCUGCUGGAGUGCAAUACCAGGAGGUUCUGACUCAGUCCUGCAGCUACUAGUCUGCUCACUCACCUCACAGGUAGCAUGGACUGAGCAAGAGUAACCUGAGGCUGGCAACAGGCACUGAAUGGAGUGAGUGUCGGACCAGGUAAAUCAAAUGCCCUCUUCUUUGUAACUUUUCUUUGGGUCCUAUGUUUGGAUACUGCAUUUUUUUAAAAGGUUCCCCAUAUGACAUUCAGGACAUUAACAUGGCAGCAAACGGCCUUUUGCUAUGUAAAGAAACUAUUUGUAACUUCUUCCUUAGUAGAGAAUGAAGUCACGUAGCUAGUCCGGCCACAGAUGCAUGUCCCAGUGGGUUUGCCCUACUGGCUAGCUACUUUAUUAUAACUCUUUAUUAAUGUGGUUUUAAAAAAUAUAUAUUUUCUAGUUUGUAGAAAUAAGUUCAGGAUUUCCGUGUUGUAUUAGUUGCUGCCUAAACGUUGUCCCCUUGUUGAUACAGCAGCAUAUUGUGCUGUAAAUAAAAUGCACUUGCUGUUAUUGAGUUAGUUUUGGAUGGUCUUGCAGGAGACCAUCGUGGAUCUAUUUUGUAAAUGGUGGAAGCUUGUUGUCGUGUGGACCCGAGAUGCUGGAUAUCGUCUGCUUCUAUGUUAGUUAUUUUGUAUUCUAUACAUUUUAAACUGUGGGUUUUUAUCCUGAACUUUUGUACAGUGUUUUAUCACAUGCUUGUAAUUGUAACUCUGAGCCAAACAAGUGAACUGUAACUGAGCAGCUUUGUCGAUCGAGCAUUCACACACCAGCACUGCAAAGACUUGAGCAUGCAGUGCUGGUGUGGAUCCAUCUUUUAUAUAUAUAUAUAUAUGGAAAUGCCAACAAAUAGAGGAAUAUUGAACUAUUUUUACAGAUAAUUUAUGAAUUGUAUUUGGUAGAAAUAUACCUCAGAACUGUGGAUGUUAAGUGAAUUCUGUUUUUUGGUAAUUUCUUUGUACUGUUUUUUUUAACGGUCUUUUCUAAUAUUUAGCAGGGAAUCUUUUCAGUUGACCCUAAAGACACAAAUAAAAGGUAAAAAAAAUUAACUUGUUUU